GAUGUCACAAAAGAUUUCACCAAGCCCUUCUUUUUCGAGCUGCUGCUGCCUUUCUGUGACAAAGACCGCACUGCCACUGUCUUCACUGCAACCCAACAUACAACAAUAAAUACUACAAUACAAUAACAUGAACAACAACAACACGGACAAGGAAGUCCCCCUUGGCAAAGUCCUCUCCAUCUUUCUGACGGACGAUGGACUCAAGGACGUGACGUUGAUCACCAGUGAUGGCGAACUUGUGCGGGCCAACCACUAUGUCUUGUCGGCUCGAUCGGUGGUCUUUCGUCGCCUAUUGAGAGGCAAUUAUUUCUCGGAAGCCACCAACCUCGAAGUCGAUGUGGGCUUUCCCGGCAGUAUCAUGCGAGAUAUUGUGGAAUACAGUCAUACCGAUACGUGUGCCAGUCUCAGUUGGAAUAAUAGCAAUAACAACACUAACAAGCAAUCGCCAUUGGAGGAAUGGCACGCCGAAAAGGAGCACGUGGAAACACUGGUGGGGCUUUCGGGAGCCGCCAUGUACUACAAUUUACCCAGUCUCGCCAAGAAAAUAGAGACCAAUCUCACGCAGCAUCUGCGGCGUACACCAUCACUGUCACUGGCCGUCUUGGCCGCCUGUCGCAAGGGGGGACCUUCCAUUCCUGUCGAAUUGGUCGAAUGUGCCAUGGCAUCGGUGCGACGGAACAAGAGUGCCCUGUUUGAUGAAAAGGCCGUUGCCUGUGUCAAUGACAGUCUCGUCAAGGAAAUUCUCAAAGACAAAGACCUGAAAAUUGAUGAAUACGAUCUCUUCAUGUUCCUGACCCAAUGGAUGGAACGCAGUCCCAAAGAUCGAGAAUCCGUCGCCAAAGAUUUGAGCAUUAAUAUCCGACUGGAAAAAAUAAAUCCUGAAGAUUUGCAUUCCAGUGUGUCGUCGUCGGGAUUAUUUGCACCGGAUGAAAUCCACGAAGCGUAUCGGAAACAAGCUUUGGAAGCGCAACAAAGUAAUCAUGCGUUCCAAAUUCCAUCCUUUCAACAAACCAAAAGCAUUGCUUGGCGGAAACUACACAGUGUAUCCCUGUGGGUAUCAUCCAACUCUAGCUGACAAAAACUGACUCAAUCAAUCCAUCCAUUAAAAAACAACAUCGCAACCCUUGAUUGAAUUCAUUCCAGCAAAAAUAAUGGACAGGACAUACACUUACGGUUUACUGUACAGUCGUACCCAUCAAUCUGCACGAUCAUCUAUUUAGAGUGGCAAUUCUUUUGUGGAC